UGCAACACAGAGUGCACGCACACAUCGUACAGGUUCAGUUGCUGCAUCCCCAUGGCGUGGUCGAUUAGCUGGUCGAGCUUGAGGAUCCUGACGGCCGGCUUGACGUGGAAGAUGGACAGCGAUUUGUUCGCGCAGUGGCUGGGGUUAUCUGCCGGAGAUGCGCCGCAGGCCAGCGGGGAAGCUAGUUCAGUACAUGGGCAAGUCCAGGGAGAGGGCCAUGAACCAGCGGAUGCAGAGGCAGCUGCCGCUUUAGAGGUGCUUGCCGAUGGUGCCGUCCAGGUUGAUUUUGGGCUGGAGGUCGCCGGCGAGGUGCUUCUUGAGGUGGUGGCGGACCCCGACCCCGACACCGAGAACGCAUAUGCCGGGGCUGAACCUCCUUCCCUGGAAGAGUUCGAGGAGUCAGUGAUGGUGUGGCCAUCUGACGAUCAAUCUGAGGACCAAGAUGAGGUGUGCUCAUCAAGCGUGAAGUGCCGCCGCCUGGAAUAGGUCUCGGUGAAGGGUCAAUGCUGCAAGUUGACUAUUCAAAACUUUAGUUUUCGUCCUGGAUGGUGACAUGUAUCGCUAGAUUAGUUCAUUAAUCGUUCCAAAGGGUCCCUCCUUCUGCACUUAGAAGACUCCUUUUUGCGUGUUCCCCUGUGUGGUUGUAAUUCGUCAAGAUGAUGAACUUGACGUAAUCGGCACGUGGUCAUUAGUACUUCAUGUGCCUAUCGCUUUCCCCUGAUCUGUCAGAAGUUGACAACAUUAGUAGAA